ACGUGACGCCCGGCCCCGCCCCCGCCCGCGGCCGCGCGCCGUCGCCGUCCGGGUAUUUGAACGGCGCUUCCGCCAUUUUCCCUGCGCCCGGCACGGAGUGAGCGAGCGGGAGAGCCUCGGCUGAGAGCCAGCAUGGCCGCCCAAGGAGAGCCCCAAGUGCAGUUUAAGCUUGUUCUGGUUGGUGAUGGUGGCACUGGCAAAACAACAUUUGUGAAGCGUCACUUGACUGGUGAAUUUGAAAAGAAGUAUGUAGCAACGCUGGGUGUUGAGGUUCAUCCCCUGGUGUUCCAUACUAACAGAGGCCCCAUUAAAUUCAAUGUGUGGGACACAGCUGGCCAGGAGAAGUUUGGUGGCCUGCGUGAUGGCUACUACAUCCAAGCUCAGUGUGCCAUCAUCAUGUUUGAUGUAACAUCAAGAGUUACUUACAAGAAUGUACCUAAUUGGCAUAGAGACCUGGUACGAGUAUGUGAAAACAUCCCCAUAGUGUUGUGUGGCAACAAAGUGGAUAUUAAGGACAGAAAAGUCAAGGCAAAAUCCAUUGUGUUCCAUAGGAAGAAGAAUCUCCAGUAUUAUGACAUUUCAGCUAAGAGUAACUACAACUUUGAGAAGCCUUUCCUGUGGCUUGCUAGGAAGCUAAUUGGAGAUCCCAACCUGGAGUUUGUUGCCAUGCCUGCCCUUGCACCUCCUGAAGUUGUUAUGGACCCAGCACUGGCAGCACAGUAUGAGCAGGACUUACAGAUUGCUCAGACCACUGCACUGCCAGAUGAAGAUGAUGACCUGUGAGGGAUGAAGCUGGAGCCCAGCGUCAGAAGUCUAGUUUUAUAGGCAACUGUCCUGUGAUGUCAGUGGUGCAGCGUGUUUGCCACUUUAUUAUCUAGCUGAGCAGAACAUGUGCUUAUCUUUGGGAUGCUGAAAGAGAUGAAUGGGCUUCGGAGUGAAUGUGGCAGUUUAAAAAAAAAACAAAACAAAAUGAAAAAAAAAAACCAAAACAAAAAAAACUUCAUAUUUUGGACCUGCAUAUUUAGCUGUUUUUUGGACUGCAAUUACUUCCCCUUUUGAGUUUCAAAUAUAAGACUGCUGCAGUCACAUCAGAGUGUUAAGUGGAAAAUCUUGUUUCUGUCAUUCCCAUUCUUUUGUUUAGGUAAUAAAGUUGUAUUUCAAGUAUCUCCAAGCAAGUGAACUUUCAUGCAUCGUUAGGAAAACUGUUCAAAGUGUCUUCUGUUCUUCAUUUGAGGGUAAUACUUGAUUGUCUGCUACUGCAUUUCUCAUUCUGUUUUCCUUCCUGCUUCUCAUACUAUGCUCCUCUUGCUAAUUCAGAGCUAACAGUUGUCCUUUCCUUUGUGUUGGUGCUGGGGCUGAGGUGGGUGAGCAGAGCUGCAGGCAGAGCCCAGCCCUGAGCCCAGCCUGCAGCUCUGCUGGCCAUGCUGCAGUCAGACAGCCCCAGCCCCUCAGUGCCCCACAGGUUCCUGCAGCUCUGUGCUUUUAGCAGCCAGCAGCAAUGGCCCCAGGCCUGCUAACUGCAUGAGCAGCAGUAGAGCUAUAGCUGCUUCCAGCAAUUCUGAGCAAAUUCAGAUUCACCCACCAGACAGCAUGGCUGGAGCUGACAUGCUCUUGCCUGCCCUGUGGUGUAUAACUGAAGCCACAGUGGUUUAAACAUUAGACUUAACUGUAACUGCACCAAGUUCUUAAUUUGAAACUGGCUUAUUACAGCACAAAUGGUGGAAAAUGUCAACUUUUAACACUACCUUGUAGAGAUGAAUCUUGGUCAAUAUUAGUACUGCUAGUAAGCAAAACUUAAGUUUAGGAUUUUUUUUUUCAGUAGUGUUGGAGUACAUGAAGUCUCGAACUCUUCAGUUUUGUAUUUUUGGUUUCUUAAUAAAGUGGAGCAUUUCAUUUAUGCCUUUUAA